GCAAGGAUACAUUGCUUCCUUUCGAUAAACGCAUUUGUGCGAUGUGAUAGAAUAUUGUAAUGGCCCCAAAUGAACAACUCAAUGGACCGUUAAAUACUGUAAAUACGGAUCCUAUUCCAUUCCGUUAAAAUAGUCGUGCCUGAAAAUGCAACAGAAUCGUUGGUCAGUACGUUAUUUAGGUCUGCUCAUGGUGGGUUUAUAGAUUGCCAAUGGCCUUCAAAUGUAUGCCUUCCGGUUUUACAUGGCAACAAUUUCAAACAUAGCUUGUUCCCAUUACAACGCGUUUUCGGGGAUGUUACAAAGAGGCAUGCUCUCAACGCCAAUCGAAUGCUUCCCGCGAGCAUUUCACAAGCUCGUGAUCACUUUUCGUUGGCUGCGUCAUAACUUCGUAAACAAUGAAUGUAUGGACGUACUGAACACAUUAGUUGCUGCUGGAGGGCUUUGGUGAUUGUGAAACUUUUAUAGAUCAUUUGAGACAAUGAAACAAUUCAAACAACAAUUUUACAUUUUGCUUAAAGAUGGCAAGCAAUCAGUGUAAUAUAUAAGCGAACUAAAGUUUUAAAGUAAAAGUAAGUUGUCCGUACCCAUGAGGAACUACCCGACACAAUCAAACCAUUCACAACAAUGCUUCACACCGCAGAAAUUGUACCCAUCGGCAAGCCGUUGUCUACCUUGAGAACAUGAUAACGAUUGUGGUCAAGGAUCGAAAGGUCAACUCUGCUGUAGACAGUCAAGAACUGAUGACACUUUAUACAUUACACAGAUAAUGGAGUCGUAGAUUAUUGACGUACACUGUUGACUGAACCAGACAAAUCAUGGCUACAAUUGUGAGCAGCAUAAAAAACUUUCACAAAGUUUGUUGAAAUAUGUUGAGAUUCUUAAUACGAAGUGAUCAUAGUGCGAGACAAUCAUAUUGAAAUAGGAAUUCGGCUUGGGAUGUUUCGUAGCUUCUCUUGGUAGAAUGUGCUCACAACGUGUGAUUCAUUAGCUCCGAACAGGUGUUGGUUUGAGGUUUUCAACAAAAGAGUGAUUUGGCUGUGGUUUCAUCUGGUAGUGUGAACAUUGUUAGUAAGAAUUAUACUGUGUGGGGUGGACUAUCUUUUACAAUGGAAUCGAAAGCAUCUUUUUAUUCUGGGAAGUGGUGUUUAUUAGCUUUAUUGAUAGUUGGCUCUUACGGGUUUAUCGAAACAAAAGCAACAAGAAAUGUCAACGUUCAGAGUUCAAACACCCUCAACACGACCGAUAAGUUACCAGUCACUAUCUACUACGAAGCUCUAUGCAGUGACAGCAUGGUGUUCUUCACCCAUCAGCUGUACCCGUGCUGGUUGCGCCAUGAAAAUGAAAUGAAGUUACGCCUGGUACCAUUUGGAAAGGCUUGGGUUGAAGAGCAGCCAAACGAACCACCCAAAUUUCAUUGCCAGCACGGACCGCAAGAAUGUCAACUGAACGUUUUGCACGGUUGCAUUCUUAACAAGAUGCCACUCAAAAAAGCUUUUCCCGUAGUGGCAUGCCUUAUGAAGAACUUCAACACAAACUUUGACCAGUGCAUCGAAGAACAUGCAUCGUAUAAAAACGCCGUUGUUAAAUGCAGCCAAGGGCAGCUAGGAGUUAAUUUGUUCAAAAAGUUUGCCAACGAAACAGACAACGUUCACCGACCGCUUCCUUUCGUACCGAGCAUCGUUGGCGAUCAGCCAUACGACUUUUUCGAACAAGACGACUGGCUUCAGAAAUUUGAAAGAAAAUUUGUUGAGCGUUACGAAGCAAAGUUUGGUGUUAAAUUAUAAAUAGAUCUCGUUUGUGAGGGUUGUUUAUAAAAUGAACUUUGAUUUAAUCUACACCUUAAUUCCUCAUAAUCAUUGUUUGCACAACGCUAUGCAAAUAUAACUAUCAUAAAGCGAUUUUUUAAAUAAACGAUCAUUGAUGAUUUCUUGCUGGUAAA